AUGGCGCAUCGGAGGACUUAUGGGGACCGCGCAAAAGUUCAUAAAAACCCUGCCGCACGACUUCUUCUGGAGACUAUCGAGCGAAAACAAUCUAAUCUCGCAGUCAGCGUCGAUGUUGUGUCUGCAAAAGACUUUCUGAACAUCAUCGACGUUGUUGGACCAUUUGUGUGCCUCGUCAAGACCCACGUGGACAUCAUUGAAGACUUUACUCCCCAACUUAUCACUGAGUUGCAGGCUCUGAGCGCCAAACACGAUUUUGUUAUCUUUGAAGAUCGCAAGUUUGCUGAUAUCGGGAAUACCGUCUCGCUCCAAUACUCCAGUGGUGUCCAUAAAAUCGCGUCUUGGUCGCAUAUCACGAAUGCCCAUCCUGUGCCUGGCCCCUCCAUCAUCGCUGGACUUUCCUCAGUCGGACUACCGCUUGGGCGGGGAUUGCUAUUGCUAGCAGAAAUGAGCACCAAAGGCUCCCUUGCGACGGGCUUGUACACUGAAGCGGCUGUAGAAAUGGCUCGUGAGAAUCAAGACUUUGUUAUUGGCUUUAUCGCGCAACGACGAAUGGAUGGAGUUGGAAAGAACUCAACUUCGGAGGAGGACUUUCUAAUUUUGACCCCGGGAGUCGGCCUUGACGUAAAAGGGGAUUCUAUGGGACAGCAGUAUCGAACACCUGAGCAGGUCGUGUUGGAGUCUGGAUGCGACGUUAUUAUCGUUGGACGGGGCAUAUAUGGCAAAGACCCGAGUCUUGUCGACAGCAUUGUUUCUCAGGCAAAGAGGUACCAGGUCGCUGGGUGGCAGGCAUAUCUGGAAAGGAUUAAGGGGGUAAUUUCUGACCUCAUACUGUAA